UGGUGCUCAGGACACUUGCAGUCUUAAAACACAGUUGGCGUGUCCCUCAACCUUCAACAGCUUUAUUAAAACUGAGUGAUUAGCUUCAGAGAGAAGUUGUCUCGAAUAAGUUCACAGUGAGGAAAUCAACUGUGUUCAGCUAAAGGACGAUGCCCCCUCUGAUGUUUAAAGAUGCUUUCUGGGGGUCUGAUUUCACUUGUCAUGCCGGGUAUGAAACUGUGAUCCAAAGGUUACGAGAUGGAAGAGAAAUGUGCAAAGACAUGGAGGAGCUCUUAAAGAUGAGGGCACUGGCAGAGGAAAAGUAUGGGAAGGAACUUGUGACUAUUGCUCGCAAAGCAGGAGGCAACACAGAGAUCAGCACCUUGAGAGCAUCCUUUGAAAUAUUAAAAACACAAAUCGAGAACAUCGGUAACUUUCACAUCCAACUAUCUGAUUUAUUGAAAGAGGAGGUGAAAAAGAUGGAGACAUUCAGAGAACGGCAGAAAGAGCAGAGGAAGAAGUUUCAAAGCAUCAUGGAGAAGGUUCAGAAGAAAAAGGUUGCUUUGCACAAGCGGACCAUGGAGGCUAAAAAGAGCUACGAAGUGAGAUGCAGAGAGGCGGACGAGGCAGAACAGGGAGCUGAGAAGACAAAUGUUGCAUCCAAAAACUCUGAAAAGGGACGUCAGAGGGCCAAACAAUGCAGACAGGCGGCCAAGGAAGCGGAGAAGCUGUACUCUACCAAUAUUGUUCAGCUAGACAGUGUUCGCCAGGACUGGGAGGAAACACACAAAAGCACAUGUGAGGUGUUCCAGCAGUUGGAAGGAGAUCGCAUCAGCAUGCUCAGGUGUGCUCUCUGGGAUCACUGCAAUCACUUCUCCAUGCAGUGUGUCAAAGAUGAUGAGUUUUACGAGGACGUGAGGAAGCUACUGGAGUCGUGCGAUAUCACCACAGACAACAACUACUUCAUAGGGAUGAAAAGCACCGGAUCAAGGCCUCCAGAGCCCAUAUCGUUUGAGAGCUACUACCAGACACAGAGGUCAGGAAACAGCAAUGGCCAAGCUCACUUCGCAGGAGGAGACAACAUGAUGAUGAGGGGCUCUGAUCCUCUGCUCGGGAGUUCUAUGAACAUCAGGGUCGACAAUCUUGAAAACCCACAUUCAACACCCCCUUCUGGCAGGGUUGUGGAAUCAGAUGAAGGAUAUGCAGAGCUCCCAGGCCUCCAGGGUGCAGCAUCAUUGCCCAGAGUCUCAGCCGCUGAAGACACAUGCUACCUUGUGCUUUAUGAAUAUGUAGCAAGGGAAGAGGAUGAAUUGUCAGUCAAUAGAGGGGACCUGAUCCGAGUGCUGGAACAAGGACAAGAUGGCUGGUGGACAGCAGAGAAGAACGGUCAGACUGGACUGGUGCCAGGAAACUAUCUGGGCAAAAGCUGAACCCAAACACACAAACAAGAGCAAGCAUCCAAACACACACCGGCCAAUUACAACCUAACAUACACAGCAAAACAUGAUUAUGCUUAGUAUGCAUGCAAGUACGCCUUUCUGUGUCAAAUUUGCAAAGACAUAAAACAUGAAUAUAGAAACACAAAAAACACACAGCUUCGUAGAUAGCACUGAUGCCCAGACUACUAUUCUUGUAACCUGAUUGCUGAACAUGAAUUCUACGUGUAGCAUCAUUUAGUAGGUAGUGGGGCUGCUUAAGUUAUUUGGGGAGGUUAUGACAAGUCUUCGUCAGACAACCCCUUGCUUAACACUCUCUGAAGAUGUCUUGAGUGUAACUAUUAUUUAUUAAAGAAUAGGUUUAGGAGUGUACAACAUUGUAACCAUGAUACCUCAUGUGAUGUUGAGCCAGGUCUUUAUGCUUUCUAAUACUGUGCACAGUGCAGUCUCGGGAAAAUAGGCAUUGAAAUGUUGUAUGAAGCCUUGUUUGGCUUCGUAUUAAUUUGCUAUGUGUCCAAUUUUCCACGCGAGUCUGAAGCACAAACAAAAACCAGUUGCUAAUAGUAGAAAAACAAAUGCAAACCAAACUCUACAUGAAAUAGUACUAUUGUUUUACACUCUUAAAUCAACAAUCUGAGCUGUGAUCAUUUAGAAAUUAUGAAAAUUAAGAUAUAUUAAUUUACAGAAUUGUAUUUGAUGCAUGCCAGUUACAAUUAAAUGACGUCAAGUGCA